AUGCAGCACCUUAACACCAAGCACCAAUCCCAAAACUUGAAAACCAGCGAUAUUUUGGCCAUGGUUCAAACAAAAAGAGACUCCUCUACUAGAUCCUGCCCACUGUGUGACGAAUGGACAACGCAAGAGACGGAGAGGGACAGCACGAGCUUUUGCCAGCAUCUGGGAAGGCAUUUGCAGCAGAUUGCACUGGAGGCGAUACCACCGCUAAAAGGGAUGGAAGCAAUACCAUUGAUAUCGCCUAGGCUCCUUGACCAGAGCGCGAUCUUGCGGUUGCAGCCAGUGCAGAAAGUGGAAGCAGAUAUGAGGCUUCUUGGAAUCGACCACCCUGACACUUUGAAGAGUAUGACCAGGUUGGUAUGGGAGUUGACUGACAGUGAAGAGUACUCGGUUGCUGAGCAGUUGGCGUUGAAAACGUUUGAAAUGAGUAAACAGGCGCUAGGGGAGGACCAUCGCGAGACACUCUACAGAAUGUGUACGCUCGCUGAGGUAUAUCGUCGUACCCAUGACACCAAACACGAAUCGGAAUCUCUGGCACUACAAGGGCUUGAGGCGGCAAAAAGAGUGCAUGGAGAGAAUGAUCCCAGCGUGGCAAAUUUCCUAUCUGUACUAGGAGAGAUUUACACGGACCUGGGUCGGUUAUCGCUUGCCGCUGACGCACAAAACAAAGAGCUGAGGAUAUACAUGGAGAACUUUGGAGGAGAAGAUCCCAGCACUAUGCACUGUAUGGACAAGCUAUCAGACACAUUACUGGACGACAAGAGGUACACAGAGGCGGAGCAUUUCGCCCUCCAAGCCUUCGAACUGCGAAAGAGGGCGUUUGGACCGGAUCACACGGAAACUCUGGUCAAUAUGUACAAUCUGGCAUUGAUUUGGCACGCCAUGGGCCGCUACGAUGAAGCAAUCCAGUUGCUGGAGGACUAUAUUCACAAACAGCAGAACAUCCUAGGAGAAGAAUCUACUACAGACAUCGAGACGUGGCAGAUGUUGCUGGAAAGUUGGAAGGCCCGUCAAGUCUCCAGCCAACCACAGAAUGCCAGGCGAGGUAAAUCGCGAAGUGGCGGUCAGUAA